AUGUCAUUAGUGUACGAUGCUCAACAAUUCACGCUCUAUGUUGGUUAUUUCCUUCUGUUUGCCGGUGUCAUUGGUAAUGGAAUCAAUAUUUUAAUCUUUACAAAAGUACGUGCUUAUCGCACGACUUCUUGUACAUUUUAUUUCCUUAUUGGCUCAAUCGACAACAUUCUAUACCUAUUAGUCAACGUUACACUUCGCAUUCUAGGCGUUGGAUACAAUAUAAAUGUUACGGAUAGAUCAAGUGCGUGGUGCAAAGCGCGACAAUACUUUAUUGUUGUACCUGCCGUUCUAUCUAUAGGUUGUUCAUGUUUAGCUACUGCCGAUCAGUUUUUCAUAACAUCAAGAAAUGCAUCUCUUCGAAGAUGCGGUGAUAUAGGAUGGGCUCAUCGAAUUAUCAUAAUUGCUAUCAUUCUAAGCUUUUUGCAUGGCAUUCCUGUUCUUCUAUUCUUUGAUAUUUCACCAAUUAGUAGUAAUUGCUUGAAUCUGAGCGCUGGAUAUAGAAUCUAUCAACUAUUUUAUCUAAUCGGCGUAAUUUGUGUGAUACCCGUUCUGAUCAUGAUCAUAUUCGGAUGGUUAACAUAUCAUAACAUUCAUCAAACAAUGAACUUGGCUGAACUACAAGUUGACCGUCAGCUAAUCCGAAUGACUCUCAUUCAUGUUAUACUUGUUACGAUUAGUUUACUUCCAUAUGGUAUUUAUACAACAUACAGCUUACUCACCAGUAGUAUUGUCAAAAAUUAUGAUCGACAAUUUCAAGAGUAUUUAGCGUCUUCGAUUCUUUCAUUGGUGACUUACUUUUACAAUGCGGUAUGUGAAAAUCAAUCUUCUGUUGAAUAA